UGCUCGUAAAAAAUAAAAUUAACGGUGGAAUUUAUUGCGCCUGAUUCGAAAUAGUCAUAACUGAGAAGAAAAUCACGCAAACUGCUUCAAUGUAUUUGUUUCACAUGAUUUUUGGAGGUCCCUGGGCGUGACUUUGGCCACCGCCAGUUUUGAAACCAUGUGUUUUUUCGAAUGUCAAAACCUAGCAUGUGUCUUAUGUGAUUUAAAAAAUUAAUUUAAGUAAAGUUUUCACGCGAUUUUGGGUUGUAUUUCAAAUAGAGUGAAAUAUUCGGUUGAGUUUUCGGAUCAAUGUGUCAGCCUAAGGAAGAUACCUGACGGUGACACUGUUUUCAAAAUGAAAAGCAAAUCGACAAAACGGAUCGAAAACAAGAAGAAGAAAAUGGCAGCGUUGAUUGAAAUCUCCCGACUGAAUGAAUACGAUAGAAACUUGAAGAAAACGCAAAUCAGUGAAGCAAAUGGCUCCAACAGUUCCGAGCUUGAGCCAAGUGUCAAAAAGCCAAGAACCGAAGCACCCAUUGGAGACACCGUUGAGCAAAAAACAUUAUUGCCUGAAUUAGGCCCCUCAGGGAAGCCAAAACUAAGUGGGUUAGAGCUCCAAGAACUGAAAAAAAUGUUGCGAGAGAAGACAACAAAAAUGCGUCAGCAGCCCGUGUUCAAGUUACGUGACAUGGGCACAAAUGCCAGUCUAUCCACAGAUCUUGAAAACCGCGUCCCUUUAUUCCUCUCAGACUUGCAACACUUGAUUAUGUACUCACAACUUGGACACCAUGCACCUUAUUCUCCCGCUAGAUGGUGUGCUUUGGAAAAGUUCAACAAAUUAUCGACCACUUGCCUCCUAGUGGUGGAAAACAUGACUGUAAACCACUACACCACGCAUGAAAAUAUCUUCCCGUUUGUGAGUUCAACCUUUGAACAUAAACUCGAGAUUCUGGCGCCAAACUCCAGUAACAGUGAUGUUGUGCGGGAGUUGUCAAUGGUGCCUUUGACUGCCACACAAGUGAAGAAGUUUUCUACUAAAUUCGGGACUUUGGAAGAUGCGGUGCACAGAACUACGGAGGUUUUUGAUUCAGUUCGAAGUCUUUUCCCUAUUGAGAAGGAUAAAGAGUCGAAAAAUGGUUUAUCGAUGGAUUUGCCGUUUACUGAUCGGUUUCCGAGGACUCAGUUGUUGCUAUCUGGGUGGCAAAUGGUUGAAGAGAAUUUUCCGUUGCCCAUCAAGGGUCUGAUGGAGACUAAAUACGCGGGUUAUGUGUUGACUAAAGACAGAUAUGAGGACGUGACUCCUUUCAGUAAAAUGUUUGGGAUUGAUUGCGAAAUGUGUAAAACCACAAUUGGGGAUCUUGAACUGACUCGAGUUUCGGUUGUUGAUGAGCAUUUGAACACGUUUUAUGACACUUUAGUCAAGCCAGAUAACAGAAUUACUGAUUAUUUGACCCGAUUUUCGGGGAUUACGUAUAAAAUGAUGAGAAAUAUUACAACAAGAUUGAAAGAUGUGCAAGAUGAUCUGAGGAGAUUACUGCCUGCUGAUGCUAUUCUCGUUGGACAGUCCUUAGGAAACGAUCUGCAUGCCCUGAAGAUGAUGCAUCCUUAUGUUAUUGAUACUAGUGUUAUUUUCAAUAUAACCGGUGACCGCUCUCGCAAAACCAAGCUCAAAACCUUGACUGAGGAAUUUCUUUCUGAGAAGAUUCAGGAGGGGCAAGGAGGGCAUUGCUCAACUGAGGACAGUUUGGCAUCCUUAAAGUUGGCACAGCUCAAAUUGAGGAAAAGUUUGUACUUUGGAGAUGCAGUCAUGGGGAAUGUGCACAAUGAAAUUAGGACUUGUCCAGAGUUGGGGACCUACAAUUAUGCCACUAGUAUGUUGAAGCAAACGACUAAAUUGGAUAAGACGGCCCUGGUUGUGUGUCCUGAGGAAAUCACUUCGAAAUAUAAAUAUUGUGUAGAUAAAGGAGCCGAGGUGCGACAACAAAAUGAGAAAAUUAAGUUUUUUUCUGAAAAAAGUUGUAAAGAAGUUGUUAGGAAAAUGUGUGAUUCUUUGGGUAUGUUUUCGUUAAAUAUUGGACAUGUGAAACUCCAAGAGGGACAGUUGGAAGGAACAAAGGUCUUUAAAAAUGUUGAUAAGUGGGUGAAAGAAAUUUACGAGAAGAUGCCGACACCUGGACUUGUGAUUGUGUUGUUCCCUGGGGUUGAAGGAAGUAACGGUUGUUGCUUCAUACAACUUAAGAGAGAUGUAUAAACCCUGUCCAAAUAAAUGAAUGUUUGUCA